UCCACCAAACAAUGCGCUUGCAGCAGCCCGACUUCCGUUUCGCCAAAUUUACGUCUGUAGCUCUGCAGCUCACCGGUGCAGUGAUGGAGGAAGAGCCCCUGUGGCCCCGAGAAGCGGGGCGGUAUGUGUCGGAGCGAAGUCGUGACGUGCGUGUGUGUGCAGAGGGUGUACAGCGCGUGGCCAAGAUGCUGUAUGACCUCAGACACAGCGAGGUCCUCACUGCACGUGGGUGGAGCCUCAUGAACCCAUUGGCCCCGCCCCCUGGUGGUGACGCUGCACUUAAUUGGCUGCUGGUGGUGGACACCAUGAACUUCUCAUUCUGGCCUGACGACCUGGACAAGCAGUGCGAGGUCACGUACAAGGGAAAGAUGUACACGGGCUACAUGACCCUGUGUGCGGCCAUCACUAGAGCCCUGGAUGAGGGUGUGCCCAUCACAGACCCGGACUAUUUCUCCAAGAUCAGCCUCGAGGACUUGGCCAGGGUGCUGCGUUCAGACACAGAGGUGCCCAUGCCCAUGUUGGCGGAGCGGCUGAAGGCUCUGACGGAGGUUGGCCAGGCGCUGCUGAAGCACUCCGGUUCCGGAUCCGGAUCCUUCCGCAGCUUCCUGGAGCCCUGCGGCAACGACGCCCUCAAGAUGGUGCAGCGCGUGGUGGAGCUGCUGCCCUCCUAUCGAGAUGAAGCUGUCUACGAGGGGAGGAGGGUGGCCCUCUACAAGAGAGCCCAGAUCCUGGUGGCCGAGGUGGGCUGUGUGCUGGAGGCCGGCGGGGAAGCCCCCAUCUCCGGCAUGGACCAGCUCACCAUGUUCGCCGACUACAGGGUGCCACAGGCACUGGUCCAUCUGGGGGUUCUCAAGUAUUCAGAUGACCUGAUGAAUGCUCUAAAAAGGGGUGAAAUGCUGAGCUCAGGUGACAGGAGAGAAGUGGAGAUCCGUGGCUGCUCCAUCGAUGCUGUGGAACAGAUCAAGGAACAUCUGUUGCAGCUGGUGGCCCAGAGUGAUGGCGAGGUGUGCCACAUUAAUUCUGCCCUCAUUGACUUCUACCUGUGGCCUUAUGCCAAGGAGCACCACAAAGAGAUGGCACAUAUCCCCAUCCACCACACACGCUGCAUCUACUACUGACCCACAUUUACUUUGUACUUAUAGAUUUUUUUAUAUACUGAA